AUGGACGAUCCCGGAUUGAUAUUCUUUGAGCAGACGAAGUUUGCUUUGAACAUGAUCUCUAUCAUUGGACUAGACAUUGUCAUCCUUAUUCUUCCUAUCCCAAUGGUUCUGAGUGUCAGAAUGGAGGCCAAGAAGAAGCUAGCUGUAAUUGUAAUGCUUUCACUUGGAGCUGCAGUAUGUGCUGUCAGCAUUACACGGGUUGUGGCGACUUACUCGAUCGCCGGCGAAUACCUGAAGCAUCCCGACGACGUCAUUUAUUACACAGCACCGGUGUUCUUUUGGACCAACAUUGAACUAUCUUUGGGUGUUGUUUGCGCCUGUUUGCCCACGCUCCGGCCCAUCUGGUUCUACUUCUACCCUCGCGAAGCAACACAAACUAGUUCGAGCUACGGAUACGGAUCAUCAGGUCACGGUUUUGGCUCAUCCGCGCUAAACGGCACCACGAAAAGUACAACGUUUGGCGGCAAGCUGGUACGCAAGCCAUACCAGGAGAUUGACGAGAUCGUUAACAUGAGGGUCUUAUCAUUACUGGUUUCUUUUGCCGCGGCGGUCUCUGCACUUGCUGUACGACAGACGGAUGUCGCCAAGGAUCUGGAGACUUUGGUGUCGUCGCCAUCUUCGGUCAACGUCGAGGUUCGAGCACGUUGGAGUGAUUACAACGCCCCCCUUCCAUCGGUGGUCGUCAGGGUGAAAAUCGAAAAGGAUGUAGCAACUAUAGUCAAAUACUGUACGAAAACUGGGAUACCGUUCCUUGCACAGAAUGGCGGCAUCGGAUGGGGAAAGACUUUCAAGUUGGGGAAAUGGGGUGUCCUGAUCGACCUUGCCAAUCUCAACAAAGUCGUUGUCGCUGCAGACAAGAAGACCGCCACUAUCGGUGGCGGUGCAAGCAUCGGAGACACGAUUGCAGCAGCGAAUGCAGCAGGUGCAUUGAUCAUCACCGGAAACUGUAACUGCGUUGGCGCUCUAGGUGCGAUGCUCGGUGGCGGUUAUGGCAAUCUCAUGGGCGAGGUCGGAUUCGGAGUCGACAACAUCAUCUCCAUGCGAGUGGUCAUUGCAUCAGGCGAAAUACUUACCGCAUCAGCCACGUCGCAUCCGGAACUGUUCUGGGCACUUCGGGGAGCAGGACCCAAUUUCGGAAUCGUCGUUUCAGCAACCGUCAAGGCAACGCCCGCCACUAAAGAGGAUCGCACAGCAUACAUCAACAACCUUUUCUUUUCACCCGACAAGCUCGAGCAGGUUGCGCAAGCGGUUGAAGAUCUUCCUCUUACGCCCCAACAGCGAGUGUACCUUGUACUGACGUCUAGUGGGGAACCACUCAACGAGCCCUCUAUCCUCGUCACUGGGUUGCUUCGUAAAGGCACAAACGAAACAGGACGCGAGGCCUUCGCUCCCUUUUACGACAUUGGCCCCAUUUCUGAGUCCAGCGCUAUCACUACGUACGAUCACUGGAAUGAUGCCAACAUCGGCUUUUGCACUCGCGGUGGUCGCAAGCCGUCGUACAGCUCCACCAUCACGGGCAUGAACGCUGAGAAGUGGCCUGAGAUCUGGGAGCUUUACAAAGGCUUCCAGGCCAAAGGUCCGAACUCCGCCGUCCUCAUCGAGCGCUACAACUUGACCAAGGCCAUGUCGGCACCCGUUGGCUCGGCAUCAAUGAAUGAAGCACUCAGGAGGGAUGCGUUCUCGCAGGCUAUCGUUAUACCGUGGUAUGAUGACGCUGGCCUUGAUACCGAGGCCUUAGAAUUUGGAAGCAAGGUUAGAGCGCUUUGGACAAGGAGCGAUAAUCCCAAGAAUGAUCCCACCUACGCCAACUUCGCCUUUGGCGACGAGACGAACACUGCUAUCUACGGGUCCAGUCUCCCCAAGCUGAAAACACUCAAGAAGAUAUACGACCCUAAGGGAGUGUUCAGUCAGUGGUUCCCGAUAAAACCAUAA